AUGGAAGAUGCCUUGGAAUCGUACUGUACUCAUGUUCCUGAAGCUGGCCAGAAUAUAGAGGGGUUUACUUUGAUAUGGAAAGGAGAUCGAGGAUUAGGAAUAUGGGAAAGAGAGGAGAUGGCUAGCCUGGGCCGAUACUGCGAGAUACGUGCAGUGAAGAAGGACGCAGGCAGGAGCGGCCGAAAAAAGGAAAUCCCUGCGAGUCUUUUGGUUGGAGACAAGAUAAAGAUAGCCGAGCGUGUACUGGUUCUCAGACAGGAAUUGGCAGAAAUUGUGUUACCACCUCGACUUCUGAGUAACCUAUCAAUGUUUGACCGGUAUCUGAGUCCAGAAUCCUAUGUGCUUCGAUAUCUAGUGCGACUAAUGAGCUUUGGAUAUUUUGUGUCAGCAAGAUUUCAAAUAGCAGACAUAAUCACGAUUGUGGUAGUGGGCGUAGUUGUGAUUGUAGUGGAAGUUGUGUUCAUGGUCGUGGUUAUUAGGUCAGUGAUAGCAUUGGUCGAGGCCAUGAUGGUAAUGACCCUGCGUGAGGCUAUGCCCAGGAUCGCGUCUGUGGAAGUAUUUGUGAUCAUUUAUGCGACUGUGGUUGUCAUGGUCGUGGUCAUGGUUGCUUUAGUGGUGGUCUUGAACCAUGCCGAAGUAAUGGUCAUGGUGGUGGCCGUGGUGUUGGGGGUAGUGGUGAAUCAAAAUUACUAUUAA